AUGGCGACAGAGACUGCCCCUAAGACCAUCAAGCGGUUAAUCGCUUGUUGCGAUGGCACUUGGAUGGAUAGUGACAAUGGCUACGAAGAAACCGGCUUGCUAAGAAAAGAAGGUUCUCUUCAGAUACCUUCCAACGUUACUCGAAUAUCCCGUUGUUUUGAGAAGAGGUGCAGCGAUGGCAAGCUUCAAGUUGUCAACUAUGAGUCAGGUGUUGGUACAGGCAGCAACGUACUCGAUAGUAUUACUGGCGGUGCUUUUGGUAUGGGACUCGCAGAGCGCAUGCGGGAAACAUAUUCGUUUUUAUGUUCCAACUAUAUGGAUGGCGAUGAGAUAAUACUCGUUGGUUUCUCCCGAGGUGCUUUCACAGUCCGUUCUGUGGCAGGCAUAAUCGGCAAUCUAGGCCUACUCACACGAGAGGGUGUUGAGUUCUUCUACCCUAUCUUCAAAGAUAUGCAGCAUUGGAUGGAUGAUGAUUAUGAAGAUCCAUUCCCUAACAUUCCGUUCCCUGAUAAACCCAAAGGGAAGGAUGCUGCAGACGUUUACAGGGCUCGCUUGGAGCAACUCGGCUACACUCGUGUGAGGCGGAGUGAAGGACAAGGCGACAUCAUCACCAUCAAAGCAGUGGGCGUCUGGGAUACCGUCGAUAGAAUCGAACAUGCGUUCCAGGCCCUCGCCCUGGAUGAAACAAGGCCCCCCUUCACACCAGCAGUCUGGGAGAGGCUCCCGGAGAACAAAUACACAACUGAUCUCAGGCAGGUAUGGUUUCCUGGGAAUCAUGGUAACUGUGGUGGCGGAUGGGAAGACCAGAGCAUGUCAAACAUCACACUUGCAUGGAUGAUGGACCAACUGGCUUCAAUUGGGGUUGAGUUCGACCUCCCUGCACUAGAACGAUGCUUCUUCCAGAACUUCAAAUUCUGUUGGAUAACUGAUGCCCUUGUUU